CUGGCGAGUGAACUGUUCAUUUAACUUUUAGUUGCCAAAAAGAGCUCAGUGUGAGAAGUUCGUUUUCCUCGGCUCUGGUUCCCCCCAAGUCCAUGCACGCUGGUCGUUGUUAACAGAGUCGCGGUUCGGGAUUUAAUGGUUGUUUGGACCGUAACUCUCAUCUAACGGAGAAGCCGGCGAAUUCUGCGCAUUCUUCAAGUUCCGACCUGGCAGAGAUGUUUCAGAUCAAGAAGAUUUGCUGCAUCGGGGCUGGGUAUGUUGGGGGCCCAACCUGCAGCGUCAUUGCCCAGAUGUGUCCGGAGAUCACCGUGACGGUCGUAGACGUCAACGAGUCCCGAAUCAAAGCCUGGAACUCUGACACACUGCCCAUUUAUGAGCCCGGACUGAAGGAGGUGGUUGAAUCAUGCCGGGGGAAAAACUUAUUCUUUUCCACAGACAUCGACUCAGCCAUCAGGGACGCUGACCUUGUUUUUAUUUCAGUUAACACCCCGACCAAGACCUAUGGGAUGGGGAAGGGUCGCGCUGCUGACCUGAAGUUCAUCGAGGCAUGUGCUCGGCGGAUCGUAGAGAUGUCUGAUGGCUACAAGAUUGUCACAGAGAAAAGCACGGUCCCUGUGCGAGCUGCUGAAAGCAUCCGACGAAUAUUUGAUGCCAACACUAAACCUAGCCUUAACCUACAGGUACUCUCCAACCCUGAAUUCCUCGCAGAAGGAACAGCGGUGCGGGACCUGAAAGAUCCAGACCGCGUCCUGAUCGGUGGGGAUGAAACACCUGAGGGCCAAAAAGCCAUCAGGGCGCUCUGCGCCGUGUACGAGCACUGGGUUCCCAAAACAAGAAUCAUCACCACCAACACAUGGUCGUCUGAGCUCUCCAAACUUGCAGCUAAUGCCUUUCUGGCCCAGAGAAUCAGCAGCAUAAACAGCAUCAGUGCUCUGUGUGAGGCCACCGGUGCUGAUGUGGAGGAAGUUGCCAAAGCCAUCGGAAUGGACCAGAGAAUAGGCAGCAAGUUCCUUAAAGCCAGCGUAGGUUUUGGUGGGAGCUGCUUCCAGAAAGAUGUCCUCAAUCUGGUGUAUUUGUGUGAGGCUCUCAACCUUCCUGAAGUGGCCUCCUACUGGCAGCAGGUGAUAGACAUGAACGAGUACCAAAGACGGCGCUUUGCCUGCAGGAUUAUCGACUGUCUCUUCAACACUGUGACGGGGAAAAAAAUCGCAUUGCUGGGAUUCUCGUUCAAAAAGGACACAGGUGACACCAGAGAGUCGUCUAGUAUCUACAUCUCAAAGUACCUGAUGGACGAGGGAGCCAAGCUGUUCAUCUAUGACCCCAAAGUUCUUAAAGAUCAGAUCAUGCAGGAUCUCUCCCAACCCAGCAUCUCAGGAGACAAUCCAGAGAGAGUGCCAGAGCUGGUCACUGUGACAUCAGACCCGUACGAGGCCUGUCAGAGUGCACAUGCUCUGGUCAUCUGUACCGAAUGGGACAUGUUUAAGGAACUGGAUUAUGGGAAGAUCUAUAAGAAGAUGCUCAAACCGGCUUUCAUAUUUGAUGGUCGCAGAGUGCUGGAUCACCUCCACCCUCAGCUCCAGCACAUCGGCUUCCAGAUUGAGACUAUUGGGAAGAAAGUGGUAGCAACGCGAAUCCCCUACACCCCAGGAGCCGCUUGUCCUCGCAUCGCUGCCGCCGAACCUCCAGCCAAGAAGGCUAAAGUCUGAAGCCUGAAAGCUUUAAAGAAUGCAGCACAUUCCCUUUAUUUGAGUGUAACAAGCACAGUGUCCUGCUGAUCAGAGGUGCAGAUCCCUACAAUUAGCUGGAUUCACGCUUUGAGUGGAAUGCUGAAAUCACAUUUCCAUGUUCUCCGUGAACGUUUGUAACGUGUCGUGUCACUUAGAACACAUCCUUCUCAUGCAGAUUAUGUGAUUUACACCACAAUCAAGUAUUCAAGUCAGAGCGUUUUAUACCGUUUUUAAAACUAUUUUUAUAAAUCACUUGUCUUAACUGAUGUCUUUUCCAUUCAGCUGUUGAAGGGGCCAAUGCAAUAAAAUAUUUUCCCUUAAA